CAGCACAGUAUGUAACUACAAAUCCCAUCCGGCAAUGUAUCCUGUUUGGAUGUCGCAUAUUGAUGACGUAGUGUUAGCAGAUUUUGGGUUAGAUAAUGUUAGCUGGUUUGGCAUCGUAUAAUUUAACCACAGACUGACUUCGCAGCAAAAGUAAGAGUGCAGAUCUCAAGGUGUGUCUCCCUCUCCCUUCCCAAACAAAGAAGCGUGGAUCUCACUCAAUAGUCCCUCUGGGAGAUGUCAUCUCUGUGUGGCACCAGCAGCAGCUGUCAAGAUGCAGGUCAAGAGGCCACAGAGAAACAGGAGAAGGAGCAUCCUCGCGUUCUCAUCCCGGAGUUAUGCCGACUCUUCUACCAGCUGGGAUGGGUGACGGGGACGGGCGGAGGGAUCAGUCUGAGACGAGGAGAGCAGAUCUACAUCGCACCAUCAGGCGUCCAGAAAGAGAGAAUACAGCCAGAAGACAUGUUUGUGUGUGACAUGGAGGAGAGGGACAUCAGCUGUCCACCUGCCUGGAAGAAGUUAAAGAAGAGCCAGUGUACACCACUUUUCAUGAAUGCCUAUACUAUGAGAGGGGCACAGGCAGUUAUACACACCCACUCCAAGGCUGCUGUCAUGGCAACACUGCUGUAUCCUGGCAAAGAGUUCAGGAUAACACACCAGGAGAUGAUCAAGGGGAUUCGUAAGGGCACAUCAGGCACUAACUAUGGGUAUGAUGACAGCCUGGUGGUGCCUAUUGUUGAAAAUACACCAGAGGAGAAGGACUUGAAAGACCGGAUGGCUCGGGCAAUGGAGGAAUAUCCAGAUUCAUGUGCCGUCCUCGUCCGCCGACACGGUGUCUAUGUCUGGGGCGAGUCGUGGGAAAAAGCUAAGACCAUGUGUGAAUGCUACGACUACCUGUUUGAGAUCGCCGUCCAGAUGAAGCAGUGUGGACUGGACCCUUCAGCCCUCCCAAUGGAAGAAAAGGGAAUAGUUUGACAUUCACUGGUGCUUUUAAAAGAGACAUUUGUUGCAGAAAGGUCAGAGGUGUUCAAUCUGGAUCGCAGAUUGUAAUCAUUUGCCUUUCACGCCGGCCUGCUUCAAAUUUGAUGAGAUUUGAUGGUAAGGGCAGAUCCAGGGUUAAAGGAAAUGAAAUGCCUGUGAUCCGGAAGCACCUGGCUGCAUAGCGGUGUGAGACAACUCUUGAAUGAGCAGCUGGCAUAUCAAAGUCUCCAGGUUUAAAUGCUUUUCCUAUUGAUGUUUGACUGCACUGGAAUCAUGGUCUUAGUGUAUGUCAGGCACGACUAUAUUGUGCAUUUUAGUUGAUCUACAAUGAUGAUUAACUGCCUUUGCUUCAAUCAAUGAAAACUGAUGGGAUGUCAAUCGUGAGUCGCAGAAAUUAUUUUGAGAUUAUUAUUUAGGUUUUUCCUUACCUUCCAUGUUCUUGGGCUUAUCUGGCGCCGGGUUGCCGUGGCUAAGCAAGGUAGUCCAGAUGUCCCCCUCCCCAGCAAUGUUUUUGAGAUCCAAAGCUAAAAAAUAAAGUUUUAAAAUGCAAUUUUCCAUUUUGAAAACCUUUUUUAUUUCUCAUUCUCUAUUUUUUAAUGCAAGGCACACAGACACACGUUAUGCACAGUUUUCUUUGUUUAAGCUACAAAACAUUUCUGAAUUUCUGAAGCCAUAUUUCAGUUUUAAACAAAUAGUAAACACAUAACUUCUCAUAUAACUUCUCAUAAAAACUGUAUACACCCAAAUGAUUGUGGACAUCUUAUCAAACACCCUUUCAGUAAAAAUAACCCUGUGUUGCGUAAAAGGACCCUUGCUGUGUCCAUGUACAUCCUGUCAUUCCCACACCACCAUCCCAGCACCAGACAAGGGCAUUUGAUGCAGGGAUAGCACAAUGGCUGUAGAUCCUUGCACUGCAUGCCUCCAGUCUGCAUACUCAUUUCUCAUAAAUGUCAGAGUUCUGUUAACAAGCUCCCUAUGUGGCCACCAUCUCUCGCUUCCACUACUGUAUUCCCUAAAAACAGAGUGGUGUCAAAUAUGCUGCAGGCUUAUUUGAAGUUUUAUUUAUUUUUUAUUUAAAGGAGAAAAAGAUUUUUUUGCUAGCGCUAACACUGCAAAGAUUCCCCUUCCUCUGAUUAAUGAGGAAUUCUGGUAAACCCAAUUGCAAACAAAACUGAACACCAGCCCAUAACAUAAAAUGACAUUGUAAAGCUCACAGUGUCAGUCUCAUUGUCUCCCUUCUUGAACAGAUGAAAAAUGGUUCUCAGACUUUUCUUUUUUGUAUCGUCGUUGCUGUUCAGUGAUUUUCUGAGGAAUGAUCUGUAAAAAUCUGUCAAAUGUCUGUGUUUAAGAAAAAUGAAAGUUCCUAAAGUAUUUAACAUUGUCAAAGUCAGACUGUAACUGACUCACCCUACCUCCUGCUGGGGCUUCGGCUUGUGUCGCAUCAUAACUGCUGUUUUUUUCUGUCUGUCUGUACGUCUGUCUUGUUUAGCUUCUAUGUAUAUGUGUGACAGGAUUUUUCUUUUCCUCACGAUCACCAGUAAAAAAAAAAUUAAAUUAAAAGUCAGACUGUGCCCCGGAA